UCUUGGAUCCAGCAGACUAGCACCGCUAUAUCCACUUUCGAGAUGGGAGGAUUGUAGUCUAACUUUGGUUUUAAAUUCAGCCGAAAACCAAGAGGAACGUUUCAGCUGGAACUUCGUGACUUGGAUUUUUUUACAGGAAGUUGAACAGCAAAAAUUGGUAGCAAAUUCUGAGACCGGUUUACGUGAACUCCCCCCUCCCCUCCCCUUUUCCUUGUCUGAACGUUGUGUGCAGUUUAUGGGGGCCUAUUAAGUGUUGCUGUUGAGUUAUCUACAUUUACAUUACGGACAUUUUUGUUUAAACUGAGCAGACCACUUGCUAAAAAGAGGUUAUGCCAUUUGAUCGGUCAACUUUAUGUGAAGAGUUGCCUUUUGCCAAUUGUUUUACGCGUGGACUGUAGCAUACCAAGCUACUGUGUAGUAAUGCGGUUCUUGAAUUUAUUUCAUUAAUCUGGACUCGGGGUACUUUCCGACCUCGGAUUUGGUCAGAAACUUGACUGUCUUGCCAUUGGUGUUGAUCGAAUCCAUGACCAUCAACAAUUGGAGUGUCGCUUUCCAACCAUUCAAGUAAGGUGCUGCAAAACCAAAUCGUGACUCAGAACCACUUUGGCUAUUCCGACAGUAAAAUGUCAACGAGAACACCACUACCUACCGUCAAUGAGCGUGACACUGAAAAUCACACCUCCCAUGGUGAUGGGCGCAGUGAGGUGCCCACGCGGGCAGGACGCUCGGGCGCCCGCUGCAGGAACUCCAUCGCCUCCUGUGCCGACGAGCAGCCGCACGUCGGCAACUACCGGCUGCUCAAGACCAUCGGCAAGGGUAACUUCGCCAAGGUCAAGCUCGCCCGACACAUCCUGACAGGGAGAGAGGUGGCCAUCAAAAUUAUCGACAAGACUCAGCUGAAUCCUACCAGUCUUCAGAAGCUCUUCAGGGAAGUCAGAAUAAUGAAGAUUCUCAACCAUCCAAAUAUUGUAAAGCUGUUUGAAGUCAUUGAGACGGAAAAGACCUUAUACCUGAUCAUGGAAUAUGCAAGUGGAGGGGAGGUCUUCGACUACCUCGUAGCACACGGAAGAAUGAAGGAGAAGGAGGCCAGGGCUAAAUUUAGACAGAUAGUGUCUGCCGUACAGUAUUGCCAUCAGAAGCGCAUCGUCCACAGAGAUUUGAAGGCAGAGAAUCUCCUCCUGGACGCCGACAUGAACAUCAAGAUCGCCGACUUCGGCUUCAGCAACGAGUUCACGGUGGGCAACAAGCUGGACACGUUCUGCGGCUCGCCGCCCUACGCCGCGCCCGAGCUCUUCCAGGGCAAGAAGUACGACGGGCCCGAGGUGGACGUCUGGAGCCUGGGCGUCAUCCUCUACACGCUCGUCAGCGGCUCGCUGCCCUUCGACGGACAGAACCUAAAGGAGCUGCGGGAGCGCGUUUUAAGAGGGAAGUAUCGGAUCCCGUUCUACAUGUCCACAGACUGCGAGAACCUCCUCAAGCGUUUCCUGGUGCUCAACCCAUCCAAGCGGGGGACACUCGAGCAAAUCAUGAAGGACCGGUGGAUCAACGCAGGGUGUGAGGAGGACGAGCUCAAGCCAUUUAUAGAGCCUGAGCUGGACAUCACCGAUCAGAAGAGAAUAGACAUUAUGGUGGGGAUGGGCUACUCGCGGGACGAGAUCAACGAGUCGCUGACGCGCAUGAAGUACGACGAGAUCACCGCCACUUAUCUGCUGCUGGGCAGGAAGUCCAGUGAGUUGGAGGCGAGUGACUCCAGCUCGAGCAGUAACCUCUCUCUGGCCAAGGCGCGGCCCAACAGCGAGCACAACAACGGCCAGUCGCCUUCGCACCUCAAGGUCCAGCGCAGCAUCUCCUCCAAUCAGAAACAGCGGCGCUACAGUGACCAGGCGGGUCCGGCCAUCCCGUCGGUGGGCCACCCCAAGCGCAGCCAGACCGCGGCGGCGGACGGCGAGCUGAAGGAGGAGGCGGCGGCGUCGGGCGCGCAGCCCCGCAAGUCCAGCUCCUCGGGCAGCCGCGGCGUGGCCCCGUCCAGCCUCCUGGGCAGCGCCAACAACCCCAACAAGGCCGACAUCCCCGACCGCAAGAAGGGCGCCGCUGCCCCCGGCAGCACGGUGACCAGCGGUAUGACCCGGAGAAACACCUAUGUGUGCAGCGAGCGGAAUGCAACUGACCGGCACUCAGUCAUCCAGAACGGCAAGGAGAACAGCACGGCGGCGUCUGGUCAGCGGGGUCACGGGGUGAGCGGCGGUGGCGCGGGCAGCGGUGCGUCCACGCACAGCGUCAGCAGCGGCGGCGGCGGCACCGGCAGCGGCGCCACCCCGCCGGACCGGCUGCGCUUCCCGCGCGGCACGGCCAGCCGCAGCACCUUCCACGGCGGGCAGCUGCGCGAGCGCCGCACCGCCACCUACAACGGGCCGCCCGCCUCGCCCACGCUCUCGCACGACGCCACGCCGCUCUCGCAGGCGCGCAGCCGCGGCUCCACCAACCUCUUCACCAAGCUCACCUCCAAGCUCACGCGCAGAAAUAUGUCAUUCAGGUUUACCAAAAGAGGGCCGGCAGAGUUUGAGAGGAAUGGGAGAUAUGAGGGUUCAAGUCGCAACGUGUCCGGAGAGAACAAGGAGGACGGCAAGGACAGCAAGCCCCGUUCGCUGCGCUUCACGUGGAGCAUGAAGACCACCUCGUCCAUGGACCCGGCCGACAUGAUGCGCGAGAUCCGCAAGGUGCUGGACGCCAACAACUGUGACUACGAGCAGCGCGAGCGCUUCCUGCUCCUCUGCGUGCACGGCGACGGCCACGCCGAGAGCCUCGUCCAGUGGGAGAUGGAGGUGUGCAAGCUCCCGCGCCUCUCGCUCAACGGCGUGCGCUUCAAGCGGAUAUCGGGGACGUCCAUCGCCUUCAAGAACAUCGCCUCCAAAAUCGCCAACGAGCUAAAGCUGUAAAAAAAACCUGGGAAACCCUAAUUGACAGGAGGGGGAGGGGGGGGGGGGAAUAAAAAAAGAAAUAACAGUGACGUACGUACAAAAACGAAACGAAACGAUACCAGAGAAAAUGUGAAAAAAAGCGACUAAAGGACUCAAGGCACACAAAAAACUAGCAUAAGCAAGCUGUACAUUGUUUAUGAACAAACAAAAAUGGUAGCAGAUACUGAAAAUAGCGCUCAAAAACACUUACAAAGUAUGUACCAGAAAAUAAUGUAUAGACUUAUGCCUUAGGCAAUAAUUUCCUGCAUCUUUCCAUUGUUGAUGUUAUUAUUAUUAUUAUUAUUGUUAUUAUUAUUAUUAAUUAUUAUUGAUGCGGCCGUUGGUGAUAUAAAAAAAAAGUGAGGAAUUUUUCUGUUGUUUUUCUUUUCUUUUUUUUUUUUUUUCUUAUUGUGCACUACUGCAUUAGUUGGCCUUUGUGGCCAUAGUCACCCACCAACCCACUCAGUCACUCCAAAACCUCAACAAAGGAAAAAAGUCGCUUCACACAAGAAAACAAAAGCAAAAAAAAAUAAACAACAACAACAAAAAAUGUCACAGAAAAAAAAAGAGGGGAACAUAAGCAGCGGCUCCACCCUUCCCCACGCUGCCCCCUGCUGGCCUGGUCCCAGGCCCCCGACACCCCCAGUCGGAGAAAUCGGCACAUAGCACGGCCCACACUACCCUACCCUUGACCCCUCAAGAGUUGGUCCAGGCAGGGUAGGACAGAGCCAUGAGUUGCACACACACACACACACACACACACUCUCGCGCUUACAUAUUUUCUUUGAUGUGAACAUAGUCUGUUUUCUUCCUGUUUGUUUUUGUUUUGUCUGUUUUUGUUUGUUUUGUUUUGUUUGGUCAUUUAUGUCUCGAUAUGGGUGAUGGUGGUGCUUUCUCAUCUAAAGGAACACCCUAUUUGCACCUAAAUGAGUGUACAAGCAGUCACCUCCACACACACACACACACACACACACACACACACACACACACACACACACACACACACACACACACACACACACACACACACACACACACACACACACACACACACACACACACACACACACACACACACACACACACACACACACACUCCCUGCUGAGUCACCCCUCAUCACACCUGCCCUGACCAAUGCAGCUGGUCAGUCCACAGCCUGUCAAAGGAGCAGUAGCCUCACUCCCAGGAGCACAAUGAAGUUGUUCCAGAGACGAGACGCUGAGCGGGAUGAGCACUCAAAGCCUCUCUCGGCUCUGCUGCGCACAUAGUGGGCCUCAGAAAACGAGAGGGAGCGGAAGAGUCUCGAUCCAGAAAAGUAAAGUGGAAGUGGCGACAUACUGUAUGUCAGAAGAGACGACACACACACACACACACACACAGAGAGAGAGAGAGAGAGAUGCACACACAAGCACGCUCACAGGAACGCACUUGCAAACACACAAGCAUUAAAAACUGGGGGACAAUGCUUUGUGCAGUGUCUCUUGACUUUGAGUCUAUACGGAGUUGGGUAAAUAAUAUAAUUAUUAAAGAGAAAGAGGGGAGAGAGGUUAGGAAGAUUUUCCUUCCUUAUGUAUUUUAAUUUCUUUGUUUAUAUAUAUGUGGACCUUACCAGAAUGCCCUCUGCUAGCUCUUGACCCCGCGAGGUCAGUGGUAUUGGCACAGUAAAUAGGUCAGAGGUCAAAGGUCGCCACAAACACAGCCAGAUCACCAGUAUUCACUCCAUACCCCUUCAUAUUCUAGCACUGUCAUUUUGUUUUUGUUUUUUGGUUUUUGUUUUUUGUUUUAUUUUACAGAUUAUGUUUUAUGUCUUAUUUCUGGUUGGAAUGUAAAUAAAUAAUGUGUAUUAGUUUGGCGACCACAGCAUCAUGAUGUACUUUUUUUUGUUUUUGUUUGUUUUUGGUUUUCUUUUCUUUUCUUUUUUAAGUCUGGCUUAUAGCCAGAAACAAACUUAAUGUAACUCAUCACAGGUUAAGGUUAAUCAGUGUCUCCAUUAAAACACUCUAAAAGCA